AUGGCUCGGUAUCUCAAUCCGGCCAAAAUUGGCCUUCUCGCUCUGAUCCAGCUCUACAUUGAAGAGGCCAUUCCCAGCGACGCCAUCGUUCCAGUCUUGUCCUUCAUCACCUCACAUACAAUAGGCCAUGAAGCCGGCAACCCGCCCACCACACAGACAGGUCGAUGGGCCAAGGCCGAACGCACCGUCAGCCUCGUGAUAGGCAUCAAAGAUUUUGAGAAGCUUUUGGGAAGCUUUCCCUUCGUUAUGGGUAUGCCGGGCCGGAAGCUGUGGGAUCAAUUCCUCACACGGCUGUGGGACAUCAAUUCACUUGAUGCACUCUAUGACUUUUUCGAGAACCUCGAGCUGUUGUUGGCGAAAACGAAAGAGGAGCUACGCAGACUCAGUGAGGCGGGAGUUCCCGACAUGGAAGAGGGCAUCCAAAUCGCUCGCAACUCGCCGUUUGGUGCCUUUAUCCGCCGCGCCAUGGUCGAGUACCAGCGGCUGCGCUUUCAAGACUGUGUAGAGCUGUGGAAAGAUUUCGUGCGGUAUCGGCAGCCCACAGUGUAUUAUCAGAGACGAAAGAAUCCAAAUUUCGGAAAGCUGAGCUUCGAUAAUGUCUUGUUGACCGGUGCAGCUGAGGAGGGUUGGAGCCCAGAGAGUGUUUCCGCCCUUGCCUCCGUGACGUAUGACGAUAUGCUCACCGGCGAUCGUCUUGGUAAAGUUGCAGUUAGCACUGAUGAUAUCGAGCUGCUUCUGGACUUUCAGAUCGAGCAAAUGCAAAAGUUUGGCAACAGAGUACCGUUGGAGACGAUCAAUCAGUUUCAGGACCUGCUUCAUGCCAGCUUCCUGGUUCCGAGUCUGACACAUUAUCUAAGUUUCUUGAAUGCAUGGAGAGCAGGGGAUUAUCCCUCAGCAUUCGACCUAUUACACCGCUAUUUCGAUUACACCAUGCAGUAUCGCGACCGUCUAUUUUAUCAAUAUGCUCUCAUGAACUUGGCGGUUUUACAGGCAGACUUUGGCUGCCACCGCGAUGCUGUUACCACCAUGCUAGAAACGGUCACGACGGCACGGGAGAAUAAGGACAUGAUAUGUCUCAAUUUUGCAUUGAACUGGCUAUUUCACUUUGGUCGAGCGCAUCCCAAGCUAGUCCGCGAGCUCGAGUCUAACAGUCUUCUCGGAACAGGCAAAGAAAGCUUGGCGUAUCUUCGCGUCAAGGCCAAGGAAUCGGGCAUGGGUGCGUUGUGGAGCUCAGUCUUGCUAAGUGAGGCAAAGUUGGGCUUGAUAAAUGGGGAGAGCGUUGCCACAUCUGUCGAGUAUGUUGUACGCAGCUCUCACCUCAUUGUCACGCGAAAUAUGAAGAACAUGUUUGGUGCUCAGCUGUCGCUAUACGCAGCUCUUUGGAGUCGCUUGGGACUCACGCAUCUCUCGACAGCAACCUGCGAAAUAUUUCUCCGCUGUCACAGUCAGCACUCUGUAUUUGAUGACGAACUCAAGAUGAUAUGUCGUCUCGGUCUGAUUCAGGCCGAGCGUGGCAAAUAUGACGAUGGUCUCAAACAGCUGGAAGGCCUGGACAGCAACUCUCUGCGCUCGUGGAAACCAAGCCAGUACUGGCACAAAUACAGAGGUAUAAUCAAACUCGUCAAAGACUUGCACCACAACAAUUUGGUUGGCGCUCAGAAGCUGCUUGAUCAGCUCUUGCAGUCAAAGGCCGACGACCUGGAACCAGACAUGACCUUCAUGGUCGAGUCAUUGCACAUUGACUAUCUGACGAGAAAAGGGGAUUUGCAAGCGGCAUUUGAAAAGGUCAAUGCAAUGAUUGCCGUGAUAAAAGACGAAAGCAAAGACAUUGCCAUUCUCGUCAAAUUACUUCUGCUCAAGGUUGCUCUGCUCGACAAGUGCGAUCGUACACAGCGCGGUUUCUCGACGGCUGUGCGUGCCGCCAAUCUCGCCUGGCGGGCGCGCCUGGUACCUCUGCUGUGGGAGUCUACAGGUGCGCUCGCUAACAUUCUAGUCUCGCUUGGGGAAUUCGAGGCCGCAAUCGAAAUGCUCAACGCAGCUCUCCCGCGGUCCCUCGAAUGCGAGACACCGGCGCUAACAGCGCGGUUGUACUCUUAUCUGGCCGACGCCAACAUGGGCAUGGCAGGGCGAAUGGAGGCCAAGUCGAGCAAGCGCGGCGAAUACAUGACGCGAGCGCUCGCAGCUGUGCAACGCUCGUUUGACCACUGGUCCAGCGUUGAGGACAUUAAUCAGCAGUGCGAGACAAUGGCGAAGCGAGCAAUGAUCAUGAAGCUCACAGGAGAAAUGACACUGGCGGCCGACUAUGCAGCAGCAUACGUCGCGCUUCGCAAGCAUGCAGAGGCGCUGAGUCUAGGCUCAGCAUAA